AUGCAAAGACAUCCAUCCUACAAAGUGCUACAACCAGUCGUGACCAAGUAUCCCCGCGCUGCUGGCUGUCUCUUCCAGACCUACAAUGAUAUCGUAUACGGUCAAUCGCGUUUCUUCCGCCCAGACGACUAUGAAACUGAGGCGCUUUCAGCACAAGGAUGGACAGAUGUGCAAGUCCUAGAGUUGGAAGGGUUAUCGCGUGCAGCGAUAUCAGGGAAGAAACCCAAAAUGGAUGCGACACUCUAUGUUGUACCUUGUUCUCUGGCUGAAACGCUCUCUUUCGGAUGGCUACAGGAUGCUUUUACCCAGCUCUCAGACCCGCCGGAGAUAUUCCUCGCAAUAACCUCUGACGACGCGUCGAUCGUCUACUACAAGCUCAGCCGCGGCAUCGUCAAGCCCCAGUUGUGA